UGUUGUCGUUUGUUUACCCUUUACAUAUUUAGUCGACGUAAACCGUUCAAAUUAUUUUUGUAUAAAAUUUAAUAUAAACUAAUUGACUAAUUUAAUAAUUAUCCGAUUUAUUUUGUUUCCAAUGUCGUUAUAAGCUAUGGUUUUUUUAGUUGUGAAUCCUAAGGCUGCCGCCUAGUUAAUUUUUGAUAUUGAAUACAAGGCGUUAUCAUCCAAUAAAUAACUCAACUAACAAUAAUGUUAUUUUACAGAACCAAGUAAUCAUGUUUUAUUCACAUUUCUCAUUGUCCAAGAAAGGACCGCUAGCUCGUAUAUGGUUAGCGGCACAUUGGGACAAAAAACUAACCAAAGCUCAAGUAUUUGAAACCAAUAUUGAAACAUCUGUAGAUGGAAUACUUCAGCCAAAAGUUAAAAUGGCUCUACGUACGUCUGGUCAUCUCUUGUUAGGUGUAGUGCGAAUUUAUUCACGAAAAGCAAAAUAUCUAUUGGCUGAUUGCAAUGAAGCAUUUGUCAAGAUUAAAAUGGCUUUUCGCCCAGGAAUGGUUGACUUGCCUGAAGAUAAUCAUAUUGCUGCAGCAAAUGCUAUUACACUUCCUGAAGUUUUUCAUGACUUUGACACAGCUAUGCCCGAUUUAAAUGAUGUUGAUAUAGAAGCUCAGUUUAGUUUAAAUCAAUCUAGAGCAGAAGAAAUAACAUUGCAUGAAGAUUACAAUAUCAGUUCUAUGGUUUCGAAAGGCACUGGUUUUGAUCAAGGAUUUGGUUUUUCGGAAGUUGAAAACUCAGAUAUUCUUCGACAUGGAAUUGAACACUCGUUGCUAUUUAGUGAAGGAGUUGAUCAUCUUAUGAACCGAGAAAAAGAACCUAUAGCUUCUACGUCUAGUGGAUCUGGUAUUUUAAGCCAAAAUAGUUUGGGAAUUGAUGCUCCAAUUAGAGAUGAUGGAUUUGGUGGUAAUCUUGGUCAAGUUAUCACUGAUAAUUUCUUUCAAGCUGGAGGUUUGUUUGAUGAUGUACCUGCAGCACCAAUGGAAGUCAAUGAUGGUCCACCUAGCCCUCCACCUUUUAAUACGCCAUUACGAAACGAUGAUGAUGACGAUCAUUUUAUGCCGCCUAGUCCAAGUAGACAAAGCUCUGACGGUUCUAGACCAGCAUCACCGGUUAAUCUUCCUUUUCCUAAUGCUGGUGCUUUGGGACUCAUACCUUCUCCUGAGAGAGAUCAAACAUUGAUGCCACCACCCGAUUUAGAUAUGCAUGAUAUACACCAACCUGAAGAACCAGAACAAUUAAGUGACCAAAAUGCUACUGUAGAUCAAACUACUUUGGUUCAAAAUGAAGAGGAAAGUUUUGCUUUAGCUCCAGUUGAUGCUAGUGCAUUAAGAGGGCUGCCAAAAACCAAAAGAAAGCGAAAACUUAUUGUUGAUGAAGUAAAAAAUAUUUCGGGUGAAGAAAUGAAGGCUCAACUCAGUGAUACUACUGAUAUAGUAAUUACUCUAGAUUUGGCGCCUCCUACUAAAAGAUUAAUGCACUGGAAAGAGACCGGAGGUGUUGAAAAGUUAUUUGCUCUACCAGGAAAGAAUAUUCCAGCUAUUCCAUUGGCUAAAAACUACCAAAGACAUCUGACUGCCAAAACACUGACAAAUGAAGAAUUGGAUACAGAAGGUGGUGUUGAAGGUGAUGAAGAAAAUGUUUUACCUGCAAUAACAGGGCCAGUACCAGCCCGUAGAGGUCGUAAAAGAAAAGUACCCUUAGAUGAUGAUGUACAAAAACCUGCAAAGAAAGAUCCGUUACCUCCUAUACCUGAGCUACCGCAUAAUCUGGAUUCAAUGGAUGUUGAAAUUGCCGUUUCUUCAACAAUAGCACCACCGCCUACUUCAGAUGUACCCGAAGAAUCUGUUGAUUUAGAACAUCAAAAUCAACAAGCAUUAGGAUCCCCAUUAAACAAUAGCACACAUAUGUUGCCUCCUGGAACUCCUAUACAUAAAUCAAAUGAGUCACAAAAUGUUGGAAUGACUAAUGAAGAACAGAGAAUAAAGUCAUUUGAUGAAAUUCAAGAACAACCACCAUCUGUUCAUGAUACAUCUAAUCAACCAGAAUUGCAAAAUAUGGGAUAUGAAAACAAUAUUAAUCAGUCUGCUGACUUCAAUCAAGUUAUUAUGGAUAACAUGGGCUAUGAUGGCCAUCAUAAUGCACCAAUUACACCUGGCUUACCUUCACCGAGAGGUGGAGCAACACCUUGGCGUGAUCAAGAUUAUGAUUAUCCUUCUUCUGUUGGCCCUCCGGAAGAACAACAAGCUCCACAUGAAACUAAUGAGCAAUUUGAAGAACGAGUAAUGAACAAAAGAGCCAAUCAAUUAUACCAUACCAUUAAAAUGAGAUUUACCCAAAAGGAAUCUCUUGUAUUUGAUGAUCUCACCUAUAAAAAUCGAAGAAAAGAGGCUGCACAGAAAUUUUAUUCAGUACUUGUACUAAAAAAAUAUAAAGUUUUGGAACUAAUUCAAGCGGCCCCAUAUGAGCCUAUUCAACUUGUUAAAGGAGCAUGUUUUACGGAUCCAAAGCUAUAACCUUUAAAAAAUAAAAAAAGGAAUUUUAUAUGUAUGAUAAUGAUUGUUUUAAGGCAAAUGCCUAGUACAAUUUACACUUUAUGUGACAAAAAAUAUUAUUAAGGUUUUUUUAAUGGAAAAUCUAUGUAUAAAAAUGUAUUUCAGGGAAUUUCAUUUAUAUUUAUUUAUUUUAAUUUUUGUUUAAUGUUAACACUAGGCAAUUAAAUUGUUGUCAGAAGUUAUUUUGAAUUGUAACUUAAUUUUACAUUUAACCUAAUGUAUGCUUACUGUAAAAUUAUAUAAAGGCAUCCCAUUUUAAGUUAAAUUAUGUUUUGUAAUAUGGUAGUGAGUAAUUGUUUAACUCUUAGUUUGAGAUUAUAUUUUCACUAUUGUAAACUCGUAUAAAUGUUAUUUCAUGAUUGUAUUUUUCUCAUAAAUUUUAUCUCCAAUACACUUUAUUAGUUUAUAAUGUUAAUUGUAUUUAUUUAUUAUUUAUUUACAUACACAUGUAUAUACUAUUUAUCAUGUGUACGCCUAGCAAAUAGUUAAAUUUAUAAAUAAUAACUUUUUGUAUUUUUAAACUUUU